AAUGUUUAUUUUAUUUUGAAGAGUGUUUUAUUUUGAAGGUAAUAGCAGGAAAAGGAAGUGGUGUGUGAAUGUGUGUCGCUUGACUGGCUGAGUCACAACGUGUAAAAAAGUCCGUGAAAAGUAUGUAGUUGGUGUUUUUUAGGGCUGCCUAUCUGACAGUUUGUGCCUGGACAUUAUUCUACAUAUCUUCUGUGAAGAGCUGAGAACAUUUCUACCUGAAGUGUGUUGAACAGUUUUUCAUGAGGAGAUUUGAAGAAGAACAAGAAGGAGGAGAAGGACGAGAGGCCCUGAGCUACUGACUACACCGUGAGCCACCCAGAUGAAACUCAAGAGUAUCCUGAUUGCUGACUGCUGGUUCGAGAGACUGCUUCAUACCGCCAAACUGACUUCACUGUUUGCUUAAGGUUUAGGGAGCGAGACAUGCAAACUUUCUCAUCUCCUGGGGAUAAACCGAAGAAAUCAAUCACACACACUCACUGUGAGUGUGUGGGCCAAUCCAGACCUGAACUACUUUCUCCAAAGACCAUCCUGGAGGCAGUGGCACUCUUCAAAUCGAGCUUCUGUGUCCUGGACCUCUUCUCUGCAAAACCCCGGUGAUCAGCAUCCACUGGAAAGACUGAGAAAUACAAACCAGUGCAUCAGGGAGAGAAGACGAAAGAAAAAAGUGAGGAAACUGCAGGAAAAGGCUGCACAGGAAGAGAAGUUUGAAAAUCUUUUGAAGGACGCCAACAGUAGCCAGAGAGAGCCAGGGAACAACUGCAGAAAUUGGAAAAGUUUUCUCAAGUACUACCCUGCUCUUCACAAUGGGAGACCGAUUGCAUCUUCCAGCAGUUGCCAGCAGCGUGCUCCCUGUGGCCCUCUGCAUUUUGACCCUUCUGCCCCACAGCCUUCUGGGUAAGCCCACAGAGGAGGAAAACACAGGCAGCUCAGCAUUGCUCCAGAGGGUAAAGAGAGGCUGGGUGUGGAACCAGUUCUUUGUCCUGGAGGAGUACACCGGACUGGAGCCACUUUAUAUCGGGAAGCUCCACUCAGACAUGGAUAAAGGUGAUGGCUCCAUUAAGUACAUCCUGACAGGCGAGGGCGCAGGCACCACAUUCACCAUCGAUGACAGCACGGGGGACAUCCACGCCAUUCAGAGGCUGGACCGCGAGGUGAAGGCCCAGUACGCCCUCCGCGCCCAGGCCCGCAACCGCCUGACGGACAGGCCUCUGGAGCCCGAGUCUGAGUUCAUCGUAAAAAUCCAGGACAUCAAUGACAACGAGCCGAGGUUUUUGGAUGGGCCCUAUCAGGCAACUGUACCUGAAAUGUCCAAAAUAGAUGAUGAUAAUCAAGAUGGCACUGCUGCUGCUGCUUCUGCUGGUACUGCUGCUGCCAUCAGACAGACAAGCACAAGGGAUGUUGGAAGAGGUAUGAUAGCAGAUAGGGAUGUGUUCAGGGAUCCUGCAGCAGACCAAAGGGAGGACAAUGAAAGAGCAGGAACAUCUGUGAUUCAGCUGACCGCUACAGACGCCGAUGACCCCACGUAUGGCAACAGUGCCCGUGUGGUCUACAGCAUCCUGGAGGGCCAGCCUUACUUCUCAGUGGAUGCCAAGACUGGCAUGGUCCGCGUGUCCCUGGCAGACAUGGACCGGGAGACCAGAGAAAACUACACCGUGGUCAUCCAGGCCAAAGACAUGGGCGGCCAGCUGGGGGGGCUCGCCGGUACCACUACAGUCAACAUCACGCUCGGCGACGUCAAUGACAACCCGCCCAUGUUUGACCAGAGGUUGUAUCAGAUGAGCAUCCCAGAGUCGGCUCCUGUGGGCUCAGUGGUGGGGCGUAUCUGGGCAAAGGACAGGGACAUCGGGGUCAAUGCUGAGAUGAGGUACAGCAUCAUUGAUGGAGAUGGGAGGGACACCUUUGACAUCAGCACCGACCCCACCAACCUCUUCGGCAUCAUCACAGUGAAAAAGCCACUGAACUUUGAGAGCAAGCCCAGUUAUACUCUGAAGGUGGAGGGCGCCAACACACACCUGGACCCUGCCUUCCGCCACCGCGGGCCCUUCAAGGACGUCACCAUCGUGCACGUGAGCGUGGAGGACGUGGACGAGCCCCCGCAGUUUGACUCGCCGGCGUACUACAUCGAGCUGUCAGAGGACGCCGAGAUCGGGACGGUGGUGAAGACGGUGUCAGCGAGGGACCCUGAUGCUGCCAACAACACUGUGAGUUAUUCCAUUGAGAAGUCUAGUGACCCAGAGAAGUUCUUCUACAUCGAAAUCACUUCCGGGUCGCUGAUGACGGUGCGGUCACUGGACCGAGAGGAGAUCGGCUGGCACAACAUCACCAUCCUCGCCAUAGAGAUGAAUAACCCCACACAGAUCUCCAGCGUGUCAGUGGCUGUGAGGGUCCUGGAUGUGAAUGAUAAUCCUCCCUCGCUGACGCACUACUUGGAGGCUUAUGUGUGUGAAAAUGCCAAAGCAGGGCAGCUGAUCCAGACAGUGACGGCGGUGGAUCCAGAUGAGCCGCUGGGUGGACAACACUUCUACUACAGCUUGGCUCCAGAGGCCGUCAACAACCCCAACUUCACCCUGAGAGACAACCAAGACAACACAGCGUGGAUCCUGACACGACGAGGAGGCUGGUCGCAGCAGGAUCAGACCAUCUACUACUUGCCCAUCUUCAUCUCUGACGGCGAGCAGCCAGUCCAGACCAGCACCAGCACUUUGACCAUUCGCGUGUGCAGCUGCGACCACGAGGGCAACAUCAUGUCGUGCAAUGCCGAGGCGUACAGCCUGCCCGCGAGCCUCAGCAGAGGGGCACUCAUCGCCAUCUUGGCCUGCAUCUUUGUCCUGCUGGUGAUGAUUCUGUUCAUGCUCUCCCUGCGCACCCAUCGUAAGAAACCCUACCUGUGCGACGAGGAGGAGAAUGUCCACGAGAACAUCGUGCGCUAUGAUGACGAAGGCGGCGGUGAAGAGGACACCGAGGCUUUUGACAUCGCUGCCAUGUGGAACCCUCGAGAAGCACACCACCACCUAGGCAAGACGAGACAGGACAUGCUGCCUGAGAUCGAGAGCCUGUCGCGUUACGUCCCUCAGGCGUGCGUCAUGGGUGGCGGCGGGGACAGUAACGUUCACGGAUAUGUGCUGGCAAAGCUCCUGGAGGCUGACAUGGACCCGUGCGCCCCACCAUACGACUCCCUGCAGACCUACGCUUACGAGGGAGAAGGCUCGGUUGCCGAGUCGCUCAGCUCGCUCCAGUCGGGGACGUCCAAUACAGACCACGAGUACGACUAUCUCAACGACUGGGGGCCUCGCUUUAAAAAACUGGCGGAGAUGUACGGUGUGCUGGAGACAAACACUCCUCCAAUGUGGUAGAACAGGAGAACCUUUGCCUUUUUAAUCUGACAAAAAUUACACCAACAAAAAGAGACCAAAAUAUCAGAGAAGUGACACAAACAGACAAAUCGUGUGCACAAUAAAGCCAGGAUGUGCUCACGUCUGCAUCCAUGACUGUUAGCACUUGAAUUCCUGCCGAAGCCUCGAUUCUCCACAGCCUUGAAGGCCUGAGAUGCCCGCAGCAGCAGCAGCAGCAGUGUGAGCUGGUUUUAAAUCUGCCCCCAGAGACUGAGGCUGGAUUGGCAGCCAUGCGAGGCACGCAAAGGAACGGCUUCAAAGCACAUGUUAACUCCCCUGCCUGACCCAGCCAGAGCCCCUUUGGUUCAAAGUGUUGCGCGAUUUAUGCCAGAGAUGAAAACGAGACUCACAGCAGCACAGGAGACAAACUCUGAAAUGCUGAUCUACUGUUCUGUGCUUUUAAAGACGACCCGAGCCACAACAGAGGGGGGAAAUGAAAGAGAAAAGUCAUUCCUGUAUUCAGAGAUGUGUUCUUCUUUUGUUUCAUCUGUGGGCAGGUCUUAAUUUAUUUCUUCGUUUCAUGUGCUGUAUUUAUAUUUUUUGCUAACUUAUUUGGGUACUUCAAACCAACACUGUACUUAAACUGCCGCUAUAUGAGGACGUCUUUAAAAGAUCACGUAUAUGUUGUAACAUACAUGAUGUAAAAGCUCUUGUUUUCAGUCUGUGUGAUGACAAGUUCUCUCCAAAUGUCACAUGACAUGCACAGGAGAUGGCGAAGCUGUAAUCCCAUGUGGGUUUUCCAGGUUGAUAUGUUUAUUGUAUUCUUGUUUUUGUAUAAUUUUUAAGCUUUGUAUUGUAACUAUUUUUUUCCAAAAAACAUAAAGCAGUUCAUUCAUGAGGAUAUGAGGGAAGCCAAUGUUUGGAUUUAUCCCAGCAGGCGGUCAAAUGUUAAAUAAGAUACACCACCGUGCCCAACCAGAGUCGGAUGAUUUGUCCUGUUUGAGAUGAUGUGUUGCUUCUGUCACCACACAAGCGUGGCUGAAUCCUCCAUUCCUGUGGACUUCAGAGACAUUGAUAAUCUGCAUCAAGUGCCAAAUGUAAAAUAAAGGACAAAAAAGACGUUUUGGAUGAAAAAAAUAGAAGAAAUCAGCAAAACAGAAACACCAAAAGAUUUUAAAAAAGGAUUUUACAAACUGGAAGGAAUUGAAGGUACAUUUUGAUAAUUUGAUUGGGUAAAGUUUACUUGAAAUCUAUGUGGUCAGUCAUGCUGCAGUAAGUGGUGUGUGAAUGUAGAUAUUUUUUGUAUUCUUGGUAUAAUAAAAAGGUAAAAACAAUGUUGUUUCUCUUCUCAUUAAACCACUUGGAGAUGAGACAAUCAUCAAAACACUGAUGCAAGGAAAGAAAUUAUGCCUUCUGAACAUCUGGGUGGCAGCACUUUCAGAGCACUUAGUAAUAAUAAACUGCUUCUUUUGGUGGCGAGGAGCAUUAUGCAAUCCCCCAAAGCAUGACAGAAAUGU